AGGGAAAAAUAACUGCAACCCAGAGGUAAUGAUGGUCACACCCCGAAAAUACAACCAACAUCCUCUUAGGAAAAUAUCAGCUUAUACUUUACAGCUUUGUCUACUAAAGUAAUGACCAGUGUCAAAGGGCUGCAUUUGCUACCCACAGAAGCCACUUGAGAAACACAUGCAGGCACUCCUGCUGUUACUGAAUUCUUGUUUUUAUCCUAAUCUUAUUAAUAUGGACUCCAUGACCAGUUAACACCUGCUGAAGACACAGAACUGCCGCAGAUGAAAUCCACUGGUCAAAACAGAGAUGCAAGAGAACCAAUCUCUCGCUGUUAUGAUCUUAAUUUUUCAAACACUUAAUCAACCACAGGCGUUAGUAUCUCGUCCAGAAAAUGAAAUCAAUGAAACAUUUUUGUGUGCAUUCGUCCUUAGAACUCUGCGAGAGAGGACUGGGGGCAUGGUUUACCAUCACGUACUCUGUUCUCUGUUUCUGUAUUUCCACUUCCUAAGCAAAAUGACAUGCUUUGUUUACAAGUGCAUUUUUUCUGCCUGUAGGCUUUUGGAUCAGCUGCCAAGAGCCAAUGGUGACCUCCUGAAGCACCUUUUGGAGUGCUCCACGACACUGAGCAACACUCCACAUUCAACCAGAUGACGGCGGAUAACUUAGCACGCUGUAUAGCCCCAAGCCUUCUUGGUCCACCUAAUGCCACCGGCUCCCAAUUACAAGAGGACUUCACAAAGAAGAUUUCGCUGGUACAGUUUCUCCUCAAAAACUGCCUCCAGCUCUGGGGAGAAGACGUCCCUUCCCUCUGGGGAGAGCGCGCAGUCGUUCCUGACCAAGUGACAACAGGACAACCCCGCGAAUCAAUGAGAAUUACAGUGGCAGUCAUUCUCAAAAAUCCACAAGGACAGUACGAGGCCAAGUGCCCAUCUACCACGGGUCUGCGCACAUGCCUGUCCACGAUUUUGGAAGUCCUUGAAGAACAGAAAUGGCCCUAAUCACAUUUCACCCUUCCUCUCUUCUGUCUUUAUUCCUCACAUAUUGUUUCACUUUUCUUCCUCCUCUAUUCUGCAUGUUUACCAAGAUUUAUUAAAAAUGCGUUAG